CAAGGUGGCGCUGUAUUGGUCAGCUGACUUCAAAAUGGCGGAAGUGCAGGCACAGACUCUGUAUGAAUUUGAGGGUGAUGAAUCUAAUGGUGAACUCAGCUUUCAGAGUGGAGAAACGCUUACUAUUUUACAACAGGAUGUUGGGGAUGGAUGGUGGGAGGCUCGUAGCUACCUUGGCAAAACUGGACUCAUACCACAGGCAUAUGUAGAGUUGAUAGAACCACCUAUGCCUUCCUUUCCCCCUCCCCCUCCCCCCAUGCCAUCUGCCCCAGUGGCGGAGGAUCACAACGGGUGGGGUGGGGGUGGAGUCGAGGCUCAGCAGAGUGUGGAUGGAUGGGAUGAUGACUGGAGCGAUGAUGGGGAGUCCAGCACAAGCACCGGCCCAGGGGACCUCCAGGGCUCAUACAAUCCACCUGCAGGGCAGAACAUGAAGCCAUUACAAGGGUCAGGUAACUUUGGCCUAUCGCAGGGGAACUCCAAAAGAAGCAGUGCCACAGCUAGUACCUCCCCACCCAAUGACAUGUCAAAAUAUGGCACUGUGAAGAAAAGCUUCAACAGGUUUUCCCAGUUUGCCAAGGCUGGCGGGGAGGCUUACAUGAUGGGACAUUUUACCAACACAAACGUUUCCGCAUCAGAUAAAAUACAAAUUGUCGACACAGCAGAUGGGGUAGGAUGGCAGCCCAACAACCAGCCGUUCACCUGUGCAAUACGAUCACCCAAGAAAGAGAGCAAGCUAAAGGGCUUGAAGAGUUACAUCGCAUACCAACUAACACCAUCAUUCAGCAACAUCCAAGUGAGCCGGCGCUUCAAACACUUUGACUGGCUCCACAUCCAGUUGGAGAAUAAAUACACCUGUAUACCUAUCCCACCCCUACCUGACAAAACAUUAUCAGGUCGUUAUGAGGACGAGUUUAUAGACGGGCGUAUGAAACUGCUGCAGCUGUGGGUGGACCGCAUAUGUCGACAUCCUGUCCUCUCCAUGUCUGAGGUCUUCCAACACUUCCUCACAUGCACGGAUGAGAAGAAGUGGAAGCAGGGUAAACGGAGGUCAGAAAAGGAUGAGUACACAGGCGGAAAAUUCUUCCUCACUCUUGAGGCUCCACAAGGGGUCGACCUUAGUGACAUAGAUGCCAAAAUGGAGGUGUUUUGCAAAUUCCAGAAACUUAUGGAGGACAAUGUUAAAGCAUUACUAGCUGUUGCAUAUGAUAACAGAAAAAAACAUUUAGGACCUUUUAAACGAGAAUACCAGAAGUUAGGAGGAGCAUUUAAGACAUUAGCCCAGACUUUCACUCUUGACACAGGGGCAUAUUCCCAAACAUUAACAGGCGCAAUAGAUUACACAGGGGACACUUACAACGAGAUCGGAGACAUGUUUGAAAAACAGCCUAGAAAUGAUCUGGAGCCAUUAAUGGAUGUAUUAAACGAGUACAAGGGAAUACUGGGACAAUUUCCUGAUGUCCUCAAAGUACAUGAGGGUGCUAUUGGGAAGGCAAAGGAGUGUGUGAAACUGCAGGCGGAGAGCAAGAUGGUGGAAUCUGCAGUCACCAAUGUGGUCCAGCGAGCAAACAUCAUUUCAUGUGGUACUCUUGCUGAGAUCAACCAGUUCCAGAAGACACGCUGUGUGGAUUUUAAGGACACCAUGAGGACCUUCCUCAGUGGACAAAUACAGUUCUACAGUGAGAUAACCCAAAAGUUACAGCAAGCAUUGGAAAAGGUUGAAAGUUCGUGAGAGACUGAUUAAGAUGCAGUGCCUUAAUUUUAUGUAUCAUAUAUGGAUCGAAACAUGGACCAUUUGUAGUAGAUAUGAGAAAUAGUCAAACAAUGGUUGUCUGACAUGUAGGUUCACAGCAGUUUUGAUGCAACCUUAUGAAACAGGUCCACAUAUAAAAGGUGUUUGAAGAAUGGCAGUAUUACAGCAGAUUUUUUACAGUGAGAAAUACUGUUGACAAUUUCCAACUUUUUACCAAAUUGUAAAAAAAAUACUUAAAUGGCCCACCACAUGACAUCUAGUUAGUAAACCCACCUAAACUUCAGAUAUACAUGUAUCUUUAGUCUUUCUACAGAUAUUAAGCAGAAAGUGCAGAUUAUCACUUGCAAUAUAUAUAUAUAUUUCUUAUUUUGAAUGAUUGAUAAUAAUUGUGCUUAAUUAUAUGGCUAUGAUGCAUUAAAGACUUAUCCGAAUCCAUUUCUCAUAGAGGAAUAGACGUGAAAUGACUCUUUGGGUUGACAUUAACAAGUCAGCCAUGUUUUCUCGAAAAAGUUUAAGCACCUAAUAACAAGAUCAACUAAGUUAAGUUUUUCUUUUUAAAGAGUUUUGAGACUUUAAAAGGAAAUUAUUUUAAAGAUAAUAUUGAAGUACUAUGUUUUGGGUUUUAAAAUGAAGUUUUAGCAAGUCCUGGAGACCUCAAAAGGAAGAAAUUAUAGCAAGUCAUUUGGCUGAAUGAAAUAUGAUACUUAAACCUAUUAUGGUUGAAAUGCUUGAAAUAUUUCAUAACAUUAGGGAAACUGUAGAUCAACCUCAUUCUUGCACAUUUAUAUUUGUAACUAAACAGCGCUUUCUUCCACACUUCUUAUCUGCUUUUUUUUGUUACAAAUGAAGACAUGGAAAUAUAUUUGCGUUUACAAUGAAAUAUUUGAAAGCUCAUUUGACAAAUCAUUUAUGACCUAUUAUGAGGGGAAUUCUAGCAGUUUUAGACCACAAAUAUAAUGGCACAUUAAACAUGUAUGAACUUCCCUAGGGCAUUAAAAAGUGCAAGAACUUCCACAAGACAUAUUAAAAAGUGUAUGAAAUUCAUUUAAUGAACACACUUUAACCAGUCCAACUGCGUUCAUACCUCGAUAAUGACAUAAAUCUGGCAAUUCAUUUAUGAACUACAUUUGUCACAUUAAAAAGAAAAGUAUGUAAACUGCCCUAGACACAUUAAAAAGUGUAUGAACUUUAUUUGGCACAUUCCAAAGUGCUUGAACUUCACUAGGCACAUUGAAAAUGUAUUAAUUUCCCUAGACACAUUAAAAAGUGUAUGAACUUUAUUUGGCACAUUCCAAAGUGCUUGAACUUCACUAGGCACAUUAAAAAUGUAUUAAUUUCCCUAGACACAUUAAAAAGUGUAUGAACUUCAUUAGGCACAUCUAAAAGCUAAAAAUUGUAUGAACUCCUCUAGUAAAACAAUCUAAUGAAACAUACACAUCCCCCGUAUGAUUUUUACAACUCCAUAUGCCUUUCCCUGAUAUUGACUGUUAUUAAGCCAGUAAUUGAUGCAAUCCUGUGAUAAAUGUUCUUCUAUUUAAGCUCCAAUUUUGCAUUGUUUUUAUAUAAACAGUAAAAUAUAACGUAAAAUGUUGUCUGCCUUCAGUACUAAUUUUUAUUUAUGAGUACUCUCUUAAAAGUAUGAGUCGAGUUCAUUUGUUUCAAGUAAUUAACAAACCAGGAUGGAAAUUGAAAAAUGUCAUUUAUUCACAAUAAAUGACGUAUAUCGUUACAAACGAACAAUAUACAUGGCCGAAACAAAGUUGGAGGUAAAUAAAACGCCCUCCAAUAAAACAUAUCAAAUAAUACAGAAUGUAUUAUGUAAGACAAAUGGUUAGAUAACAGUAUAGCAAAUGUAAGAUAACAUUAUAGCAAAAAGUAAAAAGAUAAUAGAAAAAGAAUAUCAACACAAACAGGCAUGGUGUUUAAGCGAAAAUGGAAAGGACCUUAUUAGGUAUAUUAAGUAAAACGCACUGGCCUAUAGAUUGGGUGAGGUAGGGUAGGAUAAAAAAGCUUAUGAAAAUACUGCGUAAUUCAGGUUGGCAUAAGUUAUCUGUGAAAUUAUUGCGUUGUGUUAUCUGCAAGAUGAGAUGGUUAAAUAAUACUAUCAAAAUUGUAAACUCGGUACUAAUAAUUUACUACGUAAUGAGUUAUGUCCCCUGAAAGUAUCAUAAAUAAAUUUAUUUCUCAGGCAAUAAAUUAAAUUUUAAUUUACUACGUAAUGAGUUAUGUCCCCUGAAAGUAUCAUCAAUAAAUUUAUUUCUAAGGCAAUAAAUUAAAUUUUAUGAGUACUCUCUUAAAAGUAUGAGUUGAGUUCAUUUGUUUCGAGUAAUUGACAAACCAGGAUGGAAAUUGAAAAAUGUCAUUUAUUCCCAUUAAAUGACAUAUAUCGUUACAAACGAACAAUAUACAUGGCCGAAACAAAGUUGGAGGUAAAUAAAACGCCCUCCAAUAAAACAUAUCAAAUAAUACAGAAUGUAUUAUGUGAGACAAAUGGUUAGAUAACAGUAUAGCAAAUGUAAGAUAACAUUAUAGCAAAAAGUAAAAAGAUAAUAGAAAAAGAAUAUCAACACAAACAGGCAUGGCGUUUAAGCGAAAAUGGAAAGGACCUUAUUAGGUAUAUUAAGUAAAACGCACUGGCCUAUAGAUUGGGUGAGGUAGGGUAGGAUAAAAAAGCUUAUGAAAAUACUGCGUAAUUCAGGUUGGCAUAAGUUAUCUGUGAAAUUAUUGCGUUGUGUUAUCUGCAAGAUGAGAUGGUUAAAUAAUACUAUCAAAAUUGUAAACUCGGUACUAAUAAUUUACUACGUAAUGAGUUAUGUCCCCUGAAAGUAUCAUAAAUAAAUUUAUUUCUCAGGCAAUAAAUUAAAUUUUAAUUUACUACGUAAUGAGUUAUGUCCCCUGAAAGUAUCAUCAAUAAAUUUAUUUCUAAGGCAAUAAAUUAAAUUUUAUGAGUACUCUCUUAAAAGUAUGAGUUGAGUUCAUUUGUUUCGAGUAAUUGACAAACCAGGAUGGAAAUUGAAAAAUGUCAUUUAUUCCCAUUAAAUGACAAAUAUCGUUACAAACGAACAAUAUACAUGGCCGAAACAAAGUUGGAGGUAAAUAAAACGCCAUUAGAAACCCCAACCUCAACUAAUUUUAAUUUAUUUCCUUGCAGCAAAUAUUUCCGUUCUUUUACAUCUGGAAAGCUUUUUGUUUGAAGUAUUUGUUAUUGUUAGUUGAUAUGUUGGUUAUAAGUUCUUGUUGUCAUUAUGUCUCAGGAAUGAGGAUGGUCAAGAAUGCCUUUAUUUAAAUUACCAGAUGCUUUGUAAGUAGUCAUAGUGUUUGUCAAGAUCAAUAUCGUAAAAAUAUGUUGACAUUUCUAUAGUAAAAUCUAAGUGAGUGUUUAGAUUUUAACAUUGAACUAAAAAAGAAGCCUUAUACAGGAAUUGCAAUGAGUGAAUGACGAAUUCUGCCAGUUCAGAGUUCAUAUCUGGAUGUAUUGCUGUUAAAUGUUGAUGUAUUUUUUAGUCAUUUACUCCCCAUACUCUGUUAAAUUGUACAAAGUUGUAGAUUUUAUUUAUCCUGAAACAAAACUAGUCUUUCAUUGGUGUUAUACAAAUCAUAUUUCUAAUACUCCGUAUAUUUGUAUGUAAAUCAACGGUAGUUGCUAUGUGUAACCAGUGCUGUUUCACAUAAUUUUCUAACACUGUACCCUUACCAUAUAUAACUAUAAAUUACCAUAUAUUGAAUAUUUUAAUCAAAGUGUAUUGGACUAACUACUAAGGGUAAACUAAAUUACAAACAUCUUGGAUUUCACUUUCAUAGUGCUAAUGAAUGUGUUUAUCAAGAUUAUGGACAGGUUUUCUCAGUCAAUACUAUGUUUAGAAGUAUUUGUUCUCUGAGCCAGUUAUUGCUCAUUUGUGAAUAGUAUCCGGACACAACAGUGCCAUAUUUGGUUUUUGUCUCGUGAAAGCCAGCAUGUUGCUCAGGGAAACAGUGUCUCAGAGCCAGAAUUAUGACCCCACAUCCAUCACAAUUAUGAUUGUUAACUAUGAUUGAAGCCAACUAGACAAGAGUUUUUUCUUAAUAAUGUUUUAAUGUUAAAUUCAACUUCUGGUCUUGUCAUAUUUACUGCAAAGGCAAAUCAUAGAACUAUGUCAUCUUCGAAAAGUGUCAGAAUUGUAGGUGUCGUUCGACGCAUUGUCAUGCAUCAACAUUAUACACAAGUACAUAAACCUGAUGAUAACUAUUGUCUGCUGGUCAGACAAAUGUGGUUUAAGUGUAUAACUCUGGGGCCAUGAUUACAAACUGUCUCAAGUCCAGACUCAAGUUGCAAAACUGCAAUCAUUCAUUUCAUUGUAACUUUUCUUCCAAUUAAGUAUUAAUGAUAGCAUUUGCUGAAUUUCAUUACACUUUAAAAAUGACAUUUAUGUUACAUGUAAAAUGAAUGGAAUGAAAGAAGAUUCAUUGUAAUUUUAUGAUAGUGCUUUUCUGAGUCUUAAUCUAGACUCUGACUUGAGACUAUUUGUCAUCAUGACCCCUGACCCACAGUUGAAACAAUUGCAAUCUUGGUUGCCAUUAGCAAUUACAAAAUCACGUUAUGUGAUGUACACGUGACAGGAGAUUGAUAAAGGACAAUUAAGACAAAAUUGUUCUAAUACUUUACACGAUGUUACUGAAUUACUGCUUUGUUAAUUGUUUGCUAUGAAUAUGUAAUUGUUAUGUAUAUCACCAGUCAUUAUUUUAAAUGGUUUUUCACAUUUAUUACAUGUGUUAGUAAUUAAUUUCUUGAUAAGUAUGUAUCAUCUGUCCAUACUAUCGUUCAUCAAUAACAUACUAUGUGUAGACUACUGUUAAACAUGAUCAAAUAUAUUUUUUCUUUAAACUGUACACUUUGAAAGUAAAGCAUGCUUAAAUAAAAGCUAAAUCAAUAA